CUAAAUAAGAAAAAUUAAAGUCCCAGGCAAAACCCUGGUCGAUAUCUCGUAAAACCCUAGACGACGCCGCCGCCGCCGCGGAAGCUUGAUUGAAAGCCAUGGGGAAGAAGAAGAACCAAUCUAAUAAGAAACCAGACAAACAAGGCGGUAAAAAGAUGGGACCAGACGCAGUGGCCAUGAAAGCCAAGGCCAAGAAGGCCGACAAUCCAUUCGAAUCGAUCUGGUCUCGCCGCAAGUUCGACGUCCUCGGGAAGAAGCGCAAAGGCGAGGAACGCCGCGUGGGUCUCUCCAGGUCCCGCGCCGUCGACAAGAGGAAGAACACGCUGCUUAAAGAGUACGAGCAGAGCUUGAAGUCUUCGGUUUUUAUGGAUAAGCGUAUCGGAGAGCAUGAUAACGAGCUUGGGGAGUUCGAUAAAGGUGUAAUCCGAUCUCAGAGAGCUCGUCAGUUGAAAGCGAAGAAGAGUAUGUAUAACUUGUCUGAUGGGGAGGAACAUGUUUAUGGAGAUGGUGCUCUUGGUGAAUCUUCUUCUGCAAGGGAUGAUUUUGACUCUGUACAUUUGUCUGAUGAAGAUCUUCAGGAUGAUGGUGAUCGGGAAGAUGCUGGGUCAAAUAGAGUGAGGCAUCGGCACAAAGACUCGCCUGAAGAGGAAGAGAGGCGUAAGAGCAAGAAGGAAGUCAUGGAUGAGAUCAUCAUGAAGAGCAAACUUGGCAAGAUGGAGAAAGCUAAGCACAAGGAGGAAAAGGAGAAGUUGUUGGAUGAUCUGAAUAAAGAACUCAUGUCCUUGGAAAACUCUGACGCGAUGAAGAGUUUAACUCAAGAUUUUACCGUCAAAGACGAGCCACAUGAUAAAUAUGCAAUGUAUAUGGAUGAUUUGGCGUCGGAUCGUCGUGGUCGUCCUACUGAUAGAACAAAGACACCUGAAGAAAUUGCCCAGGAAGAGCGUGAAAAGUUGGUGGAACUUGAGGAUAAACGUAAGAAGAGGAUGCAAGAAACUGAUGAUUUGAGCGACGAAGAUGAGGAAACUGGUGGUGAGGAAUCAUCGAAGAGGCUAAGAGUCAUCUCUGGCGAUGAUCUUGGUGAUUCCUUCUCAGCUGAUGCGGAGCAGCCGAAAAAGGGAUGGAUUGAUGAAGUUCUUGAACGAGAGGGUGAUGAUGAGGAUUCAGAAAGUGAAGGAGAGGAAGAAGAUGAUGAUGAGGAGGAGGAGGAGUCAGAUGGGGGUGAUGAGAAACAGAGAAAGGGUCAUCCUUUAAAGGACUGGGAACAAAGUGAUGAUGAGCUAGAGGCAGAGCUGGAAGGUGAUGAUGAUGAAGAAGAAGAAGAAGCGGAGCCAAUAGUGCAUAAAAAGUCAAAGAAAGACUCUUCUGCUCCAACUAAAGGAAAAGGGUCAUCUGGAACAGUGAAACAAUCAACCAACAUGAAGAAAUUGAGUUCAACGCAGCAUGAUAUUCCUUACGUGAUUCAUGCUCCAAGGAGUUUCGAGGAAUUGAUUGCUCUAGUCGAAGAUGGAUCUAAUGCAGAUGUUGUUACAAUUGUAAACCGUAUCCGGACAACAGAUUCAAUUAAGCUUGCAGCUGAAAACAGGAAAAAAAUGCAGGUCUUUUAUGGUAUUCUCCUGCAGUAUUUUGCCGUUCUUGCAAACAAGAAGCCAUUGAACAUUGAGCUACUAAACAUGCUUGUCAAACCUUUGAUCGAGAUGAGCGGGGAGAUUCCCUACUUUGCUGCAAUCUGUGCUCGACAACGGCUUCUGAAGACCCGUGCACAAUUUUGCGAGGCUAUCAAGAAUCCAGAGGAUGGAUGCUGGCCUUCUUUGAAAACCUUGUUUCUCUUGAGGCUUUGGUCCAUGAUUUUUCCGUGCUCUGAUUAUCGUCAUGCUGUGAUGACCCCUUCGAUAUUGUUGAUGUGUGAAUAUCUCAUGCGCUGCCCCAUCUCCUCUGGUCGUGAUAUUGCCAUAGGUUCCUUCUUGUGCUCCAUUGUUCUCUUGGUUGCUAAACAAUCCAAAAAGUUUUGCCCUGAAGCCAUACUAUUUAUCCGGACUCUUCUGAUGGCUGCUUCAGACAAAAAUUUACCACCAUCUGAAGAAUCUGAGUUUUAUCAUUUCAUGGAGUUAAAAACGCUGACUCCAUUCCUGUGCAUACAAGACGACGUAAAGGAGGUUGUGCCAUUAAACUUCCUACAGAUAAUGGAUCAGCCAGCAGACUCUCCAUAUUUCAGCUCUGAUGAAUUCAGAGCAAGCAUCCUUUCAAGUGUAGUGGAGACUCUCAGAGGUUUUGUGGAGAUAAACGGAGGAUUGAGUUCCUUUCCAGAGAUCUUCAUGCCCAUCUCAGCUUUACUACACCAAGUUGGGAAUCAAGAAAAGAUCCCACAAACUCUUAGGGAGAAACUUGUAGAUGCUGCGCAGCUAAUCGAAAAGAAAACCGAGGAGCAUCACAAGCAACGCAAGCCACUCGCUAUGCGUAAACAAAAGCCAGUAGCCAUCAGAAUGGUCAAUCCCAAAUUUGAAGAGAACUUUGCAAAAGGCAGGGAUUACGAUCCAGACAAGUACCGUUCAGACAUGAAAAAGUUGAAGAAGAAGCUAAAUGAGGAAAGGAAAGGAGUGGUGCGUGAGCUGCGCAAGGACAGCUACUUCAUGAGCGAUGUGAAAGCAAAAGAAAAGGCUGUGCAGGAGCAAGAGAGGGCAGAGAAACAUGGCAAGAAUCUGGCUUUCCUUCAAGAACAAGAACAUGCUUUCAAAUCUGGACAACUUGGUAAAGGCAAAGGCAACAAGAAGAGAAAGCGUUAGAUACCAGUUUCAAUACCUUUGUGGUUCUAUUUUUAUGGGAUUUUUCUUUUUAUUGGAUAAUUGAGAAAAUUUGAGUUAUAUUCCUAAGAGUUCCAAGAAAAUGCUUUAUGCUUACUAAUAACAUUGUUUUUGGUAAGUGUUAGGAUUAAAACUUGCCCUUCUAUGAAAUUGAUUCGAUAUGACUUAUGCACAAAAGCGGGGAGAUAUUCCGCGACCAACUGGAAUUUGGUUGCCAUGUUAAUGCAUUUGAGUACUACAAGUUUAAGCGAUUUUGUUGUUUCUGUACGGACUUUCUCCUUCAUCAUCAAUCCAUCAUGCUUUCUUCAUCUCAUGAUUUAAGCCAUGUUCUUUCGUUUUGUAUUUGGUUGCAGCAUCUUGAUGUUUAGAUGUUUUGUUUGAACAUUAUUGCAUGAACAUCUAAAUAAUGUAUGUGGUUGUAUGUCCAAAAAGUCUAGAUAUUUUGUCGGAUGCAAGAUUUGGAUCGUAAAAUCCAAAAAAUUUAAAUGCCUUAAAUACAAAUAUAAAAAUAAAUUUGAUUAAUUAAUUACUUAAUUAUUAAACAAUACUUCAAAACUAUAAAAUCACAUUUUGCCAAAAUCAAAAUGUCAAAUUUUCCGCUAAAAUCACAUAAACAAGUUUAAGCGAUUUUGUUAAUUCUGUACAGACUUUCUCCUUCAUCACCAGUCUAUCAUGCUUCCUUCAUCCCAUGAUUUAAGCCAUGUUCUUUCGUUUUGUAUUUCGUUGCAGCAUCUCGAUGUUUAAAUGUUUUGUUUGAACAUUAUUGCAUCAACAUCUAAAUAAUGUAUGUGGUUGUAUGUACAAAAAGUCUAGAUAUUUUGUGGGAUGCAAGAUUUUGGACCGUAAAAUCCAAAAGAUUUAAAUACCUUAAAUACAAAUAUAAAAAUAAAUUUGAUUAAUUACUAUAAUUACUAAACAAUACUUCAAAACCAUAAAAUCACAUUUUUGCCAAAAUCACAAUUUCAAAUUUUCUGCCAAAAUCACAGAAACAAGUUUUGUUUUCUACUAAAACCAUAAAAUCCGGGUUUCGUCUGCUCCUUCAAAUUUUUUGCCAAAAUCACAAUUUCAAAUUUUCUGCCAAUGUUAACAUUGUGAUCACCUAGCAUUAUAUUUAUUUGUAAUAAAAGCAAGAAUAAAAAAAGAAGGCAAAACAAUUAAAACCAUAAAAUCCGGGUUUCCUACCAAAACUACAAAAUCAAGGUUUUUACCGACAAAAUCGAAUUUUUCCACGAGAACUAUACAAUCAGGAGUUUCUACCAAAGCCAUAAAUCAGAUUUUUCCUACAAAACCACAAAAUUGAAUUUUCUCUCCAAAAAAUUAAAAAUUUCCACCAAACCGAAAAAUCUGAAAUUUCCCGCCAAACAUAAAUUAUAUUCAAGUUUAAUUAUAUUAUAUUUAUUUUAAUAAAAAUACUAUAAAUAAUAAUUUCAUGAUUUUAAUAAUUGAUUUUUAGUUAAUAAUAUAAGCUUAAAAUAAUUUGUAGUUAACUCAGUUUAGCACUCUAUUUUUAGUUUUGGUUUGAAAUGAGUUUAAUCAGUAUAUAAAAAUUUAUUUUUCAGGUUAUCUUAUAAGUUAGUUCAAAAUUACUCACAUUAAAUAAUUUCUUAAUUGGAUUUAAGUAAAUUGGAUGAGUUCUGAAUUUUCCCUAGUGCUAAGAUGAUAUGUGUUAUAAAAUUAACGAGAAAAACUCUAAGAUAAUCUUAAAAUGUUUUUUUUAUCAUAAAAUAGCAAAAACAAGGUUCAAAAUGACUACAACAAUCAUUAAAAAGUAAUUGACAAUUAUAUCCAUACUUUAAAGAUAUAUUAAAAUAUACAAAUUUUUAUAUAACUUUUUGAAAAAUCAUUUUUUUUAUUUUCUAAACAAUAUUUAAAACUUCUUUCUGAAUUUUUUUCCCAAAUAUUUUUCUUUUGAAAUUUUCCUUUUUAGUUUUUUUUUUCAAUCAUUUUUAAUAAAUAAAUUUUCUUGAAUAGAAAGCAUUCCUGAGUAAGUAUGAUAUUUUCGAAUUUUAUUUUAGGAAGACUUUCUUACAGUGUAUAAUAUAUUUCUAAAUAUGAGUUUAGAAAAAUCUUCCAGAAUAAGUAUCGUAUCUUUUUAAAAUUUAGAAAGAUCUUGAUAAAUAUGUAUAAUAUCUCCAUAAAAUUUAUUAAAGCUUUCACAAAGGUGUAAUAAAUGUAUUAUAUUUAUAACUAAUAAAUUUAGUUACCUACCCCAUGGAAUCUGAAAACAUUAAACAUUGUAAUCUAAAAGUUUAACUAUUUAAGAAAAAGAAAAAAAACUUAAUAUCUGUGAGAUUAUAUUUUUGAGGAAAAUUAUAACAGAGCCUUCCUCAAGUCAGUUAUGAUGUUUAACAUAAUGACUUUUGUGGAAUGAUUCUCCUUUGAAUGUUGAAAGUUGAUUAUCUUAAAAUAGAAUUAAAUAUUUAGAAAUCAUAAGAUACUAAUUACAGUUUUCACCAAGAUUGACCAAGAAAAAGAGUAACAAUAAAUACGGUGGUAUCCAGUGAAAUGACCAAAAUUCCUUUAAUAUAGAUUUUUUACCUUCUAUCCAUAAUUUUAAUGUAUAUAUAAAGAUACUCAAGUAGAACAGCAAUAUGAAUACUAACAAUAGAGGUUGAGGGAAAUAAAUUCUCUAGUAAAUCAUGACUUCUUCCUCUAAUUAUUUUUUUCUUGUUUCACUGGUAGUCUUGUUACUAUUUUUCUUAGGAUCUACUUUGACCAUGGCCUCAACAAAAGACAUUGAUUCCAUAUGCAAUGAUUCUUUUGUCCAUAACCAUAACAAAACGUUAUGCCUGCAAACGCUCACAACGUAUCCUCCCGCCGUCUCUGCAACUAACAUGGUCAAUCUUGUGAAAGUCACAGUCGACCUUGUAAGGACCCAAGCUAAAAAAAGGGCAGGUUUCGUUGCCGGAUUGGAAAAAGAGCCUACAUUUAAUAAAACGAUGUGCUAUGAAUCAUAUAUCUCAAUAGUGGAGAAUUUUAGAAGUGCUCGAUUAGAAAUUGAGGAUAACGAUGCGCAGACUGCAAGCUAUGAUAUCAUGGUUAGUUUUGACCAAACAAAAAUCGUGAAGGAUCAAGUCGGAAAGAACACAGACAAGACCUCAAAGAGGCUUAUGGAGAUGACAUUAGUCAUGGAGGAUUUCAUUGCUAUAGCUGUUGGAGCCAUCAACAGAAUAUGACGCAAUUAUUGAACUUUUCAUGUGCUCAAAUCCCAAAAGAUAAUAUUUAAAUUUGAAAUAUGACUAUAAAUUUCAAUUCUGAUUAAUAAAUGCAGCAUAUCGGCAAUAUUGGUAA